AUGAUCCAAAAAAGGCAAUGGAGAAAAGAUCAUUGUGAUGGCCAUUAUGCAGCUGCAAUUUUCCAAUACAAAAGCGAGCUUGCAGUCAAAUUUCGCGAAGUUGCUACGUUUGCUUGCCUUGAUGACAUGCACCGUAUAAAGGUGGGGGAACCUGGUUUCCCGGUGGCUGCUGCAGAACGGGGUCGUAGAGUGUUAGUGCGCGAUGGCGCAUCCUUUGAAGUUGGCGACCACAAUUUUACAAAAUUCAGCUUGGUACCAUCCGUUGCUCUGGUUAACGGCAUACCAAGUGCCUUGGAAGAUUCUUGGUAUUGCGAACAAGUGAUUGUUACGUUAAAAGAGGGGGCGUUUGAGCCGUCGUCACCUCUACGUCAUGCUGCAGAGCUUAAACAAUCACUUUGCCAACAAAAUACUGCUGAGAAUCCAAUGCUGUUCCUGUAUACUGAUGGAGGACCGGAUCACCGGAUUACCUACCUUUCGGCGCAAGUGGCAUUGAUAUGUCUAUUUUUAUCACUUAAUCUUGAUUAUUUGCUAGCGACAAGGACGGCGCCAUAUCACAGCUGGAGAAAUCCAGUUGAACGGAUCAUGUCAACAUUGAAUCUUGGAUUACAGUCCAUUGGACUCAUGAGACAAGCUGGAGAUGAAACCUUCGAAAAGGACAUGCACAAGUGCAAUAAUAUGGGUGACAUGCGUAAAAAAGCUUCAAAAGAUGACAGCUUCCGAACUGCGUCCCUCGACUCUGUAGCUCCUGUUAAAGUCCUGCUCAGUAAGUAUUUCAAAGACUGGAACUGA